AUGCCUCCACGACAGAAUGAGAGUGGACAGAGGGAUGUGCCAUCGGGCGAAUCGGAUAGGCGUCAGUCGAGGUUGGAGGAAAUUCGAGGGGGGCUAAAUUCGAUGUUCUCGGGACGAUCAAGCGUUGAGGCUAGGAGUUCUUCCCCCGAAAGUCCAAAAGCUCCACGAUUAGUUGGCCUUAGCAAUCUGCCAUCAACUCGAAUCCAUAUUCCGGGCCUCACUAUAAGUCGAAGCUCGACGCGCCGAAACUCUGCUGCUGCCGAACCAACAUUACCUCGACAUGAAGAACGUCGUCCUCCUCCUGUCGCGACUCGUUCCAAUAGUAGACUCUCACAAUCUACACAACUUCCAGCAGUGUCGUCUCCCAUUUCGACAAUACCACCUCGAGUGCGAAGACGAUCGGAGCGCAGGUUUCUUAGUGUAGAUCCUGCUGAGCAGCAUCUAGCCGACUUAGCAGAUAGAGGUAGGAGAAGAAGGGGAACUCCAAGGGGAACGCAAGAAAGUGGGAGAGGCUGUGCGCCGAGAAUCCGGAACAAAAGAAUACGCCAAAAGAUAUUGCAUUCCUUAAUAUCUGGGCUGUUUCUCGUUUUGGUGCUCACGAUAUAUCUUGCAUUGGCAUUGUCAGAUAAGGAUGAGAGCCAAGAAUUUCACGUUCUCUUAAUUUUGAUUAUCUUGAUAGUUACUAUCUUCUUCUGCCAUUCUUUGAUUCGCCUCUGUAUGAUGAUCUUGAAACCGCCGAUAGAGGGAGAACCCAAUCCACGACGUCUCCCAUCGAUGGUUGGACCUGGAGGUUAUGCCGAAACCUCAGUCCCUAUACCCGUCGCGCUCGCCAGAGAUGAAGAAGCAGCGGGUAUUGAAAGCCAAGCUACGAAAGUGCCGCCUCCAGCUUAUGGAUUAUGGAGAGAGUCGGUGAGGGUUGACCCAAAUCGGAUUUUCUGGCAAAGAAAUGAAGCAGCGUUAAAUCGUUCCAUCUCUCGAAUAUCCGAACGUCCCUCGACGGCUAAUCGUCCCCCGUCAUAUAUGUCUGAUGAUGGCAUUGAUUAUGUAAUUGAGGCAGCACCUCGUUCAACGGUGACGGGAGAAGACGUAUUACCUCGACAUCCAGCUGAUCGAUCCGAAUGGCCUCGUAUAUCUAACUAA